AUGUUGAAACCUUUGUGCGAACCUUCAGGCAAAAUGGCUGAUGACUGGGCUAUACAAGUUGAACAGGAAGGUGUGGCUGAAGUCCCCACGAUGGAAAUGCCAGAGGUGAAAUUGUUCGGAAAAUGGUCGCUGCAAGACGUGAAUGUAUCCGACAUCACCCUUGUCGACUACAUCGCUGUUAAGGACAAGUGCGCUAAGUAUCUCCCUCACUCAGCUGGACGUUACCAGGUCAUGCGGUUCCGCAAGGCUGGAUGUCCAAUUGUUGAGCGUUUGUGCAACUCUAUGAUGAUGCACGGACGUAACAACGGAAAGAAGCUGAUGACCGUACGAAUUGUGAAGCACGCUUUUGAAAUUAUCCACUUGCUUACCGGAGAGAAUCCAGUACAAGUGCUCGUAAACGCAGUAAUUAACAGUGGUCCUCGGGAAGACUCCACCCGUAUUGGACGCGCCGGUACCGUCCGGCGACAAGCUGUUGAUGUGGCUCCUUUACGACGUGUCAACCAGGCUAUCUGGUUAUUAUGCACUGGAGCACGUGAAGCUGCUUUCCGAAAUAUCAAGACGAUCGCUGAGUGUCUCGCUGAUGAGCUCAUCAAUGCUGCCAAAGGUUCUUCGAACAGUUAUGCCAUCAAGAAGAAGGACGAACUCGAACGGGAUUUAUUAUGUCAUUUGGAUACAACUAAUCAUAUGAAUGCUUCACUAAUAAGAUUUGUCGCAGCAGCAUUGCAAGAAGAAGUAAAGCUUUAG